UGGGUUAGAGCAACAGAUAGGGGGAAGAAGAGGCCUGAAAGUCAUGUGGGAUACAUUUAGUAGAUUUUCAGGAAAAUUAAGUACAUGUACAUGACAAAUUUUUGACAUUCACAAUAUUUAUUAAUUGGUUUAUUAGAAUGGGGAGGAUUGGAAAGAAUAUUUGACUGGGACUGGGAAAACUUGAAUAUGAAUCCCAGCUCUGCUGUAUUACUCACAAUAAAUUCUUAGAUAAUUUCGUUUUCUUUUGAUGUCUCAAUUUCCUCAAAGUUAUUUGCUUAACUUACUGGAUUGUUGUGGUGAUCAAAGAAGAUGAGUGGAAAAGAGUCCUUUCAAGUGAUAAAAUUUCAAUUCAAAGUACUUUCAAACACAAAAUUACAUCAGUUAACAAAAAUUAGAGAUUUCAUUAAUUUUUAGGUGAAGUGCUAUUUCAGUUUUUUUCAUACUUGAUAAAAUGAGAAAUCGAAUAAAAAGUAUUCAGUCUUCCUGAGACACCUCUGGAUCCAGGAAUGCUGCUGUUUUAUGGAGGCUGGUGGCUCAGAUGGUAAAGAAUCUGCCUCCAAUGAAAAAGACAUGCGUUUGAUCCUUGGGUCGGGAAGAUCCCCUGGAAAAAGGAAUGGCUACCCACUCCAGUAUGCUUGCUUGGAGAAUCUCAUGGACAGAGGAGCCUGGUGGGCUACAGUUCAUGUGGUUCCAAGGAGUUGGACAUGACUGAGUGACCAAACGUACAUACACACAUGGAACUUAGAGGGUGAGAGAGGCAUCAUGCAUCCUCUGUAGGCAGAGUUCACCUGAAGAGGGACCUCAGGUCUUGGCUAGAAUAUUGCCCGGGACUGACACCUCUUUCUCUCAAAGGGGAAGCCGAAAAGAGUGAUACUCUUGGUUACAUUUUAGGGCAGAAAUGCUAAGGGGUCAGAGAUUAGUGUGCUUAUUAAAAUACACAGGGACAAAGUGACGCAAUGAUUUGUAGAGUGUGUGUGGGAAGGGUGUUUUUGAGGGUCGGGUUGGGGUGAGCGGUUACACCUGCUUCCUUCCAUUUUCCAGGGCAAAUGACUUCAGCUGCUGCCCAGCAACAGCCGGUUCAUCAAAGCCUUUGAGAACAGCUUUGAAAAAUGUGUCAGCCAAUAGGCGGGCAGGACCAGCCUGGCAGCUGAGAGACCCCCUCGCUGGAGCGGAGACUUGGGUGAUGCUGACAUUGCUGGUCCAGGGACCACGCUCGGAGAAUUACUGUACUAGGGCAAGCAGGAAGAGAGAGUCCUCCUUGUGGAACUGAACCGGGCAGUGUGAAGAUCCAUGUGGAGCUCCUUACCCGCAGCCUCUCUGACCAUCCUGUUGGCAAAGACGCGCAGGCCAUGAGGACUGGUCAAAGACAGAACAAAGGGAUGAGGACUCGACUGGGAUGCCUGUCUCACAAGUCUGACUCUUGUAGCGAUUUCACAGCCAUUCUUCCCGACAAACCCAACCGUGCUCUGAAGAGACUAUCCACAGAAGAAGCUACAAGGUGGGCAGAUUCCUUUGAUGUGCUUCUCUCCCAUAAGUAUGGAGUGGCUGCCUUCCGCGCCUUCCUGAAGACGGAGUUCAGUGAAGAGAACCUGGAGUUCUGGUUGGCCUGUGAGGAGUUCAAGAAGACCAGGUCAACCGCCAAACUGGUCUCCAAGGCCCAUAGAAUCUUUGAGGAGUUUGUGGAUGUGCAGGCUCCGCGGGAGGUAAACAUAGACUUCCAGACCCGAGAAGCCACGAGGAAGAACAUGCAAGAGCCAUCCCUGACUUGUUUUGACCAAGCCCAGGGCAAAGUACACAGUCUCAUGGAGAAAGACUCUUACCCCCGGUUCCUGAGGUCCAAAAUGUACUUAGAUUUGCUGUCCCAAAGCCAGAGGCGGCUCAGUUAGAACUCAGAUGGGGACUCUUGGAGAUCACUGGCUUCCCCUUCCCCUUGCUGCCAAGACCAUAUUCUAAUGUGAAGUGUCAUAGGUGUUCAAAAGCAGUGGCGAUUAGGUUGAAAGGCCAGGAGUGAGGAACGGAUGAAGGGCCAUUCCAAAGUCUGAUCAGCCGCCAGAGCUCGGACUGUCCUGCCCCCUUUACCCGUGUUUGUGUCUUGGUUAGUGGUAGUACUUUGUCACCCUUCUCUGGGUUGGCAACUUGCUCUUCAUAAGGCCUUGGGUCAUCUCCACCAAGAAGGGAGAUUUGCUGUGCUGGGAUAAUCUGUAAAUAAUGCAAAGGCAAUUUCCACCACUUCUACACGCUCCUCAUUUAGGAUUCCUGACUCUUUGAACUUGUCCUAGACCCCUGUGAAGAAGGGCUGGAAGACUCAGGAUCACAUUUGUGAUUUGCUGUCAUAAUGUAAUGGCCAGUCCUGGGUGCUGAGACCUCAGUGUUAUCUGGGGUUUUCAGCACUGUCACUGACAGGUGGCCUCUGAAGAAAGGGACAAACUCCAUGAAGUUGGCUAUUUCUUCCAUUUCCAUAGGAUCAGUAUGAAAGGCCGUGAUCACUGCCCAUCUCAACCUAGGAAAUUCACAAGACUCCUAUACACUUGCAAAUCCAGGAAGGAUCUUGGGAGACAUCCUUCAUCACUUCUGAUAUAGAGCUGCUAUUGAGAAAUAGACAGCUUGCAAGUCUUCCUCAGUUCUACCAAGAAGUUUUCCAGAAGUUGAAUGAGCAAGGAAUGUAGCACCAGUAGACGUUUGGGCAGUGGGGCACCAUAUAACCUCUCUGUUGCUUAAUGUACGCUCUGCCCUUGCCUCCCUGUGGCAUCACACAUCACUGACCCCAUAGAAUGAUGGACGGCUUGGUAAAGGGAGGUGAAUUCCCCUAGCAUGGACAGCUCUCAUGUGCCUAAUACUUUCCCUGUCUCUCCGUCUUCCCCCCUCCAUGCAGGUCAUGUAAUUCUGAUGGGGGAGAAUGGGAACUUAGGCUGUCACUCUCUUUCCAGCUUGCUUCCUGGGAGUAUGCUUUCUUAGAAAGGUCCCUCUCAUGAGGGCCAUCUUGGCUGAUCAGCAGCUUCCUUCUUGAUGUUUUGGGAUUGAAAAUGGAAGUGAAAGUGAAGCUGAGAAGAUCACUGUGAACAUCUGGUUUAUGGAGAAACUUCCUUCAAGAUGACUUCAUGGUACCCUGCUCUUGGAAGUACAUCAGGAAACUCUUCCUUGGAUGGUGAGUGAGAUGCAGGAAACCUUUUUCCGGCUGCCCAGGAAGAAGCUGACUUUGGCCCAAGACUGUGGUGCCAGGGAGAUGAAGCCUCAGCAGAGAGACCAGAAAGUGGAAGAGGAGCCUGGGAGGUGCUGGUCUCCUGGUAGACUGAAUCGGAGAGAACGGGCUGGAGGUCGCUCGGGGUGAUUGACAGCCAAUGGAUUUGGAUUCAGUGCAGAGUUCCAAAGCUUUCAGCUGGACUAAAUGAAGCCACACAGGUGUGGGUUCUGCAGCGCAGGUGACUGAGGCCUUGGUGGAAGCUGUCUCCUCCUGGGGGAAGGAUGGGCCUCUUUAAAUGUGAGGGUAUUCCACAUUUGCAUUCUCGUCCAGGAGCUUCAUGAAUCUCUUCCUUCCUCGGCUACAGCUACAACAGGCCAAGAAGGCUCUUGAGUCCCACUGGCUGUUAGGGUCCACUGCCCUGCAUUGGAGGGCAUUUGUGAAUCUAUGAGCAUUUGUGAAUGAGAGUUGAUGUGUCUGUUUAACCAUCAAGGAGAGAGAGAACACAGGACUCCUGAAGAGACCUGUGGAAUUUCAUGUUCAAGAACUCUGCAGCCUCAUGUGGGUGUUCCUAGUUAGAUCGGGUAGUAUUCCCCCGUCCUCAUUGGUGAAAAACCAUCCUUAGCUUACGCUGCCAGAAUUAAUUUAAUGAUCAAAUUCUCAAACAGGGUAUUUCCAACGUUGUUUACAUACAAAACGUGCAUCUGCUGCCAACUCUACUGUCGAACACGAAGGGCAUGUAAAUUGGAACAGCACUGAGUUACAGAAACAUGAAACGUUCUAAGAGGGGCCUUUUUUUACCACUUCCACUGUCCCCAGGAGAAAAGUCUGAACAAGACUGUUGUACCGGGGAGCCUAGGGUUCUUCCCAAACUAUUGGUGGAAGGAAGGCAGCAGAUGGUGGUGUCAUGGAGCCCGGUGACUUCAUCCCACGAUGGGGAGGUGUGAAGGACCCAGCUUGGGUAUCCCGAAAUUUGCCACUAAGUGAAGGGUGGGUGGGUUUGUGUUUGUAUGUAGAGGAACGUGAUAGCUAUGUUUAUGGUACUCCCAUGGAGACUGUGUGUGUGUGUGUGUGUGUGUGUGAGAGAGAGAGAGAGAGAGACAGAGACAGAGAGAGAGACAGAGAGAGAGACAAUUAAGAGCACUAGACUAGUACACCACAGAGAUGAUCUUCCCAUGGGUGGAGCUUUCCUCACACCCUUUAUGUUCUGCUUCCCACAAGAGGCACAGAGCUCUCUGCUCUGAUGCUACUUUCAGGCACUUUGGUCAUGCCAACCCAGAUUCUGGCCUGUGAUGAAACAAAGAGAAAUGUUUACAACAUCUAGAGCAAUAUCCGAGCAUACCUCAUCCCUGACCUUCCCCAUCACCCUGUCCCACCCGCUCCCCUGCCCUCUUCACAAGCCCUCCUCUGCCUCCAUAGGGGGGCACCCCCAGGGGCCACCUCUCCCAUUUGCUGUCUUCCUUGGCGCCUUGUGCCGGGCUUGUGCUGUGGCCUGCCUUCUGGGUGCAAGCCGUGCAGGGGGCCGGGCAGAGCUGCGACAUUCAGGGCUGCUCUCCUCCCCGAGUGGCCUUUCAGCCCCACAUGAGUCGUAACCGAUUUGGGGGCUGGUGUGAGAUUUCCUGUUGCCCUCGCUAAACCAAAUAGAACAUCAUCAAUGACAACCCUUCAGAGCUCUGGGCACCUCUGGGGUGAGGAAGGAUCCCUGAGCAGCAUCUAUUAUGAAACCUGAGGAUGUGCAGGGGUUACCCAGAAAGUCUGUUACAAUUGCUAAUUCCCAGCUUCCACACCCAGAGAUGCUGAUCUGAUAGAUUUGGGGUGGAACUCAAAAAUCUGCAUUUUUAAUAAGUUCCCAGGUACGUAGAGGCCUGUGAACCAUACUUUGAAAAAAGAUGGUCUAAGACAGUGGUCUAAGACAGAAGCUCUCCCCCUUGGUUGUUCAAUGGAACCACCCAGGGAGUUAAAAAAACCCAAAUGUCCAGAUCCCACCCCAGACAGCUUGGGGUUGGAACUCAAGCAUCAGUAGUUUUUAAAGCUCCAAAGGUGAAUCCAAUGUGCAGAUGACGUUGGGAAGCUGGACCCGAGGAAUGGGGAGGGAGGGGUGGUGGUCUCCAGCUGGUCCCAGAGGGCUAGAGCACACCCAGCCACAAACAAGCACAAUAACCAGGAACCUGCCAGCCCUGAAUCUGACUCUUAGGGUGGCUGUCUCUGUGCCCUCUCUGACUUGCUCUUUUGAGAUAAAAAUAUUUCAGUCCCAGCUGCAUGCGUGGGGUAUGCCAAUGGUGGGGGCUGAAGGGGUCCUUGGGGUUUUCUAUGGCUCCUGGCUCUUGUUCACAGGGCUUCCUCCAAGCUUGCCUCGUGGGCUGCUUCUCUGUUUUUUGUUUGUGUUCAUGCACUCAUGUGCUUGCUCAUUUCAUGUUAGGCUGUGCCUCUGUGCCCAAGGCCAAGAAACAUGGGAGCUGGUCUUAGGUAGCGGGUGAGGAGUGCAUAGCAGUAAUAAUAAUGGUAGCAUGACAACUUCAGAUUUCUCAGUGGAGGGUGUCAUACCCUCAGAACUGCAAGCUCUUUGAGGCUUUCUCUGCCAAGGCCGCGGUAGGGUUUGGGUUGUUGCUCUGCGCCCUCACCAUUCCCUUGUUGGUCUCAAGCCGGUGGGCAGCUGGGAAGCUCCUAGUUGAUUUUACUCUCUGGUGCUCUCUGCAGAACUUGCUGCUCUGGAUUAACCAAAGCUGUGAAUGGCUCUCUGCCCAACCUGCAGGCCCAGCCGCUGGGUGCAGGCCCUGGGCGCGUGUCCCCGGCACAGCCGGGUGUCCAGGUGUGAGGGCAAGGCGUGAACUCACUGUGGUUGAGCAGCGGGGCUGUGGGUGGGAUGAAGACAAGCUGCUCCUGUGGCAUCUGCUUCUCCAUAAACCGGAAAGGAGAGGUGGUGAGUGGUGAGUUCAGAGGCAGGAUGUCUCCCAUCAUCGAGAGCACCCAGACCUCUCCUGACCCCUGUCUGUGCCCACUUCCCAGCCAGGCAGAGGAAUUAAUGAUUUUCCAUCUGAGGCUCUCCUGCAAUCUGCCAAGCAUUAGCCCUCUUUAAAUCUGCAUCCUCCGUUUUGAAAGCAAAAGAGGUGGCGAAGUCACCCCCUGGUACGGGGAGCCUAUGCCACUUGGCAUGAGACUGAGAAGGAAGAAGCCAAGCACGGAGAUGUCUUCCUGUCCCUGUGACCUCACCGAAUCAUGCGAUGCUGUGGUCCAAGUCGGCAGGAUGAGGCCACUGGCCGUCCCAGCUGUGGGGGCUGGGUCCUGUCGAUACACUGGUCCCCUUCCUGCUUCUUCCUCCCUUCUGCCCCUCGGCUCCCUCCCCUCUUCCAAAGACAGAACCGGUGGCUGGGCUUGUGUGCCCUCCAGGCGAGGCAGCGUUAGCUGCCGAGUCACGGGGCGCAAGCGCAUCUGUAGCAGCUCAUCCUCAUUGAAUUGUUUCAUUACUGUGCAAAGUGGAAUAAUGUCAUUCACCUCUACUAUAAACAAGGCUGUGAGAACAUAAUAAACCGAACCUGAACACGCUGCCCUUCA